AUGGACAAGCUGAGAUUGAAGCCUAAUUUUAUGCCUCUUAAAAUUCAGCGGCAUAUUAAGGAGCAAUGGAAAAUAGUGAGCACUAUUGGACAAGUUCAAAGAGGAAGAAUUCUAGCAUUAAAGUGGCUAAAAGAAGAAUAUGGCAAACAAUUUUCUCACCUCCGAGGUUAUGUUGCUGAAAUUAUGAACUCAAACAAGGGAUCAACUGCUUUUGUUGACACCACUUCUAAUGCGGCUGGAGAAGAUGUGUUCAACCGAAUUUAUGUAUGUCUUGGAGCAAUGAAGAAUGCAUUUUACUAUUGUAGGCCAAUCAUUGGAAUUGAUGGAACCUUCUUGAAGCAUGCGGUUAAAGGUUGUUUAUUGACUGCUAUUGGUCAUGAUGCAAAUAACCAGAUUUACCCAGUUGCUUGGGCAUGUGUUCAAGUUGAGACUGCAGACAACUGGCUUUGGUUUCUAAAUCAGCUUAGUGUUGACUUGAAUUUAAAAGAUGGGAGUAAUUAUGUUAUUUUAUCAGAUCGCUGCAAGAAGUUGGUGUGGAACUUAGCUUGGAGCUACAACCAUGCUGACUAUCAAAAUAAUUUGAAUGAGAUGAGAGCAUACAGCAUGUCUUUGUAUGAGGAUGUGAUGAAGGAGGAACCAAAGACUUGGUGUAGACCUUUUUUCAAGAUAGGCAGUUGUUGUGAGGAUGUAGACAACAAUGCCACUGAGUCUUUUAAUGCCACAAUCGUCAAAGCAAGGGCAAAAGCAUUGGUUCCAAUGAUGGAGACAAUAAGAAGACAAGCAAUGGCACGUAUAAGUAAGAGAAAACAGAAAAUAGUAAAAUGGAAGAAGAAGAUAUCUGAGUAUGUAUCUGAUAUAUUGGAAAACGAGGAGGAAGACGCUAUGAAAUGUGAAGUCACAAAAGGAACACAUAAUAAGUUUGAAGUUUGGAUAGAUGGAAAUUCACAAGGUGUGAAUUUGACUACUGGAAAAUGGGAAUGCUCAUGUUGCAAGUGGCAAGUCACAGGGAUUCCAUGUGAACAUGCCUAUGCAGCAGUCAUAGAUGUUGGUAAGAAUGUUGAAGAUUUUGUUAGUCCAUUCUUUGGGUCUCAAGUCUGGUUAGAACAAUAUGAGACAGGUCCUGAUCCAGUGAGAGGUCAACGAUUUUGGAUGACCAACAACUAUGUCUUAAUGAAAGCACCUCCAGAACCAAUUCCACCGGGUAGAAAGAAAGGACAAAAGAAAAGGUAUGAUCGGAUCAAAGGUAAGCUCGAGUCUCCAAAGAAGAAGAAGAAGAAAGAGGAACCAGAGAUACUCAAACUAGGAAGGAAAGGAAGGAUAAUGCAUUGUAGAUCCUGUGGUGAAGCUGGACACAAUGCAGCUGGAUGUCUGAAAUUUCCUAAGGAGAAGAAGAGUAAGAAGAGUAAGAAGCAGGACACCAUGCAACCAGCUGAGGCAUGUUUCUAA